UUCUUAAUCAGUUUUAAAAAAUUAUAUAUUAUAUAAAUAUACUAAAUAUUUGAGCAAUGCCAAUUUCGGAGCUAUACAUAAGAUUUUUAUGUAUAGAAACUCCGAGAAAAUCCAGGAUUCUGCCAGAGGAACUCCAAAUCGAUUUGUAGCGCAAGGUAUGAAACCGAUUUCUCUCUAAAGCCCUCGACUCCUAAUCUUCCUCGCUCUAAACCCUAAUUGAUCACCCUUUGCUUUUGCUUUCUCGGACUCGACAUUCACAUCUGAAAUCUCACUUUCAUUAAGAUUUUCAUUCUCUUACAUAUAAAUUUCCAGCUCUUUCUCUUGAUUUCACUCAAAUAGAGAACUUGUAUGAUUUGAUUCUCGAGGUUUGUUAUUGGCCAGAUUAUCUAAUGUGUAAAUUUAGCAGCCUUUGGUGGAUUGUUUUGAUCUGGGUCUCUUGAAAUUGGUAAGGUUUGAGUUGGAUUUUGUAUUUUCAGAUCAAAUUCUUUGUUUCAUAAGAAAAAUCCAUGAUUGUUUGAGCUAAAUGGAGCUGUAGCUAUACUUCUGUAGUGGAAAAAUUGCUACGGUAUUUUUAUUAUGAUAGUUAAGAUAAUUCAGCUUCCAGUAAAACCAAGUUUUGGAAAAUUUUAGAGAGAAGUCAAAGGGUUGUUACAGAUGGGGAAGCCAUUGUUUUAUGAAAUUGUGGAAAAACCGGCUACUAGUUGUAUAAUUGGGAUAUGCAGUGCCAUAUGGUUUUACAUACAGAAGAAAAACAUUGGGUAUUCACAUGUGGGAUUAAGUUAUGAAACUGCCAUUGAAGGGCACCAUUGGAGGAUAAUCACUUCAGCUUUUUCACAUAUUAGUGUUCUUCAUCUUGUUUUCAAUAUGAGUGCAUUGUGGAGUCUUGGUGUAGUAGAGCAGUUGGGGCACAUGGGCCUUGGUGUGGCAUAUUAUCUUCAAUACACACUUGUGCUAGUCGUCUUGUCUGGAGUAUUAGUAUUGGGAAUUUACCAUAUAUUGAUACAAAGAUUCAAGGUAGAUUACUUUCGGAGAGUGACAGCUGUUGGGUAUUCCUGUGUUGUUUUUGGGUGGAUGACUAUUCUUUCCGUGAAGCAGCCUUCCUCAAAGUUGGAUCUUUUUGGGUUUCUUUCUCUACCCAUUAGUUUUGCACCUUUUGAGUCAUUAAUUUUUACAUCAAUUAUUGUUCCGCAAGCAAGUUUUCUUGGUCAUUUAUCAGGAAUUAUUGUUGGGUAUGCUAUAGCGUGGGGUUUGAUUCAUGGGAUGAACAAUUUCUGGGCAAUCUCAAUGCUGGGAUGGAUUGUGGUCAUUUUCGUGUUCAGUUUGAAGCGGUCUGGUGCAUAUGAUUUUAACUUCCUUGAGAUUGAAUCUGUUACAGAUCCUUCAUUGCCUUCUGUGCGAUUUCUUGGGAAUGGUAGAACCUUGCAGAUGAGUGCAUUACCGCUUGAAGGUGUUGAAGUUGUAUAAACUCUGGUAAUGAUCUUAUUUCGUAGAUUGGUCAUGACUUAAUGAAGUCUCCCUCCCAUAGAAUGCAUGUUGUUGACCUGAGUGGUUUGCAAGGUUUUCAUUACCCAUUGUCAGCCCCCCUAUGUUUUGUCUGUUGUACUGCAGAUUCUUCUUUAUUUCCCUUUUCAGAUUGCUUGGUCCUUUGGAUCUCAUUGUUUUGAUUUUGAAUAUCUAGUAUAUUGUUACAAGAAAUUUCCAGAAAUAAUAUAAAUGAACAUCAGACACUUGCCUUGUGUGAAA